UGAGUGAAUCUUCGGACGGGGGGGGGGAUGUUGUUGCAGGAAGAGGGAGGAUCUCCUGGUGUUUUGGCAGCGAGGAUGCGGAUGAGGGAGAGACUGCGGUGGGGGCUGCUAAUGCUACUCUCGGUGUUUGCCUACGGCUCCCACGCGCCACUGUUGGCGCUGUGCCGUGUGGAUGGAGAGCUGCCCUUCGCCACCUCCUCCGUGGUGCUGGCGACCGAGCUGACCAAGCUGGGUGCGUCCGCCGCGCUGCUACUGGGGCGCGACUGGCCCUCGCUGCCCCCCUCCGCCCCGCCGCUCUCCGCUGUGCUCCCCUUUGCCCUCCCGGCCGCCCUCUACGCCCUCAACAACAACCUGGCGGUUCACAUGCAGGGCUCGAUGGAUCCUGUCACCUUCCAGGUGCUGGGCAACCUGAAGAUCAUGGCCACGGCCGUCGCCCGCUGCCUGCUGCUCCGCCAGCCCCUGUCUGCCCGACGCUGGGCUGCCCUGGCACUGCUGGUGGUGUCGGGGGCCUGCCACGCUGGCGCGGCGAACCAGGCACGAGGCGGGCCCGAGGAGCCCGUGAGGCUGUUCAUCACGCCGCUGGGCGCGGCUGCCAUCGCUCUGUACUGUUCCGUCUCCGGCCUCGCCGCCACCCUCACCGAACACGCUCUGAAGUCCCAGCCUUUCCCCCUCAGCCUCCAGAACCUCUUCCUCUACAGCUUCGGGGCGAUUGCCAACUUAGUGGCGUACCUGGCCGGCCCUCCCACCGCCGGCUUCUUCCAGGGCUUCUCGCCUGUGGUCGGUGUGAUCAUCGCCUCCCAGGCCUUGAACGGACUGCUCAUGUCCGCCAUCAUGAAGCACGACAGCAGCAUCACUAGGCUCUUCAUCAUCUCCUGCUCCAUGCUGGUCAACGCCGGCCUCUCCGUCCUCCUCUUCCACCUGCGUCUCACCCCCUUGUUUUUCCUGGCCGCCUGCCUCAUCUGCUUCGCCAUCCACCUCUACUACCACGUUCGAUAGCCCCGGGAGAGCGGCCGGGCCGCCACCUCGAACACUCGUGACCCGACAUCGAACACACUCUUCCUUCGUCCGCCACACAGUGGCUCCCGCGCCAGAGACACGGGUUUGAUCCAGAUCCCGACCUCGGGUGCUGUGCGUGGUCUUUACACUUUAGAGCUACGUCACGGAAACAGGCCCUUCGGCCCACCGUGGCCG